GUAGUUUCGGGAAGACGCUUUUUGGCAUUUUGUUGCUCCUGGAGUUUCAGAAGGGGGCAAUGUUGUUUUGGGCUAUUUCUUGAAGGUUUGUUGCAGACGGCCCCUCACAUCCCCUCCUUUCUACCAUGGGGAUCACCACAGGACGAGAAUGGCAGCGCCUCACAGCUGACUCGGACGAGGAAGAGGAAGAUGAAUCUUCUUUUGUGGAGUCUGAAGCCACUGUGGACACUUGCAAAAAGUGGAGGAACAUUGCAGGCUUCUGGCUGCUAGGCCUCUGCAACAACUUUGCCUAUGUGGUCAUGCUGAGUGCAGCCCAUGACAUUCUCAGCCAUCAAAAAGUGCCUGGUGGCAAUGGGACCAGACCGACUCCACACACGACCUUGACGAGGAACUUCUCCAAUACCUCUCGCUAUGAUUGCAACGUCAUUUCUACAGGGGCUGUGCUUUUGGCAGACAUUCUUCCUACUCUCCUUAUCAAAUUCAGCGCUCCUUUUUAUAUUCAUCUGUUGCCCUAUGGCUUGCGGGUCAUCGUUUGUAUCUUCACGGCCCUGGGCAGUUUCUUGCUGGUGGCCUUCUCAGCAGGGCCAGCCCAAAGCUUUGCAGGUGUUGUGCUGGCCAGUAUUUCGUCCGGCCUGGGUGAAAUCACAUUUUUGGCACUCACAUCUUUUUUUGACAGUGCCGUGGUAUCUGCCUGGUCCUCAGGAACCGGUGGGGCUGGCCUGUUGGGGGCUCUCUCCUACCUUGGGCUGACACAGGCUGGCCUGACCCCUCAGCACACCCUUCUCACCAUGAACAUCAUUCCUGUCGUUAUGUUGGCCAGCUAUUUGUUAUUGGCUCCACCCCCACAUGCCCCACGCUGGGGCUGGGGUGCUCCCCCACCGCCUCUGCAUUCCCCUUCCUCGACUCAUCAGCCACUUUUAGGGGAUGCAGCCACAUUCCAGAACAAAUCACAAAUUCAUAGCAUCAGCUUACAGGAAAAGGGGAAGGUGGUCAAGGGUCUCUUAAAAUACCUCCUGCCUUUGGCUGUUGUGUAUUUUGCAGAGUACUUCAUUAACCAGGGUCUGUUUGAACUGCUCUAUUUCAAAGAGGCACCACUGAGUCAUCCACAACAGUAUCGCUGGUACCAGAUGCUCUACCAAGCUGGGGUCUUUCUCUCUCGUUCCUCUGCCAGUUGUGUACGGAUUCGACAUAUAUGGAUCCUGGCAGUGCUGCAGUGCCUCAACAUGGUGUUCUUCCUGGGAGCAGUGUACUUCAUGUUUUUGCCCAGCAUUUAUUUAUUUUUCAUUCUAAUCGUCUAUGAGGGGCUGCUUGGAGGAGCUAGCUACGUGAACACCUUCCACUGUGUCAGUGCAGAGAGCCAGCCAGAGCACCGGGAGUUUGCCAUGGGAGUUUCGUGUAUAGCUGACACGCUGGGCAUCUCACUUUCGGGUGCUGUGGCCAUCCCUGUCCACAACUAUUUCUGUUGUCUCUCCUGAGGCCCACUUCACAGAGGGACCAGUGGAUGCCUUUCCGUGCCACGUUCCUGCCUCUGAGGGACAAUCUAGACAUGCGCUGGGAGUUCUGAGUCAGGAGCUCCCAACAUUUUUUAAAAACUCUGUUUUCAGGCACCUAUGGGUCUAAUUCAGAUUGGGACCGCAGCGGGAGGAUGGUUUAAACCUUCCCCAUCAUGUCAUUUUCCCCGUCACGAACAGCUCCAAAAAGACACUUAUUUAUUUUCCUGCUAUUUUGUUUUUUUGUCUAUCCAUUUGUUUUGUUUCAGCAAGGAUGGGGAUUAUUUCCUGUUGCACAGGAUUUAGAGGGCUUAAUAACAGCACACAGAAACACAGUUGUGAAUGGGAACAAUAUUAAGCAUGUGUCAGAAGGGAAACAUUUCACUGUUGCGUGAGCAGGCCAUAUUUAGUUCAUCAGUUUAGUGGGGGGUGGGAAUAGAAAAGUGUUUAAUAUAACAACUGGAAAAACACUAGUUCAGCUCUAUAGGUGAUUAUGAGGGAAUGCUUUUAAGGUGACACAUGAACUCAACAAUGAGGGGGCAAGGGGAGAACAAUAUUGUGAUUACUGUAUUAAUGAAACAAUAAACUUUGGA